AUCAUGAUAGCUUUCCUAAAGACAAAUCUUGGAGAGCAAAGCGGGUGUUAGAUCUGGUUCAUUCUGAUAUAUGUGGACCUAUAAAUCCAACAUCUAAUGGAGACCAAGUUAGAAGCCUUAGCAGCCUUGAUAAUUUUCAAAGUCUUGGCUGAGAAUGCAGUUGCCAGAUUUGUAAAGGUUUUACACACAGAUCGUGGUGAAAUCCCAUAUCUGAAUUCAGAUAUGAUGCUAGGAAAGGAUUGGAGUGGGCGCAAACCUACUGUUGACUACUUCAGAAAUUUUGGGUGUAUAGCAUAUGCACAUGUGCCAAAUAAGAAAAGUAAAAAAUCUAGACGACAGAUUCCUGUAGAUUUCAACAAUGGAGAAGAUCUGACCGUGCAGAACACAGGAGGUCAGAUGCAGCAAAAUGGAGGUCUAACUUCAAUAGACCUUGAGGCUUCAAGAAAGGUAGAUAAGGAAAAUCUGCCUGCAGCAAUAGAGUUCAAUAUUGGAGAAAGUUUGCCUACAACUCCAGAAUUGGAAUCUGGCACUAAUUGUGAUUCAUUGACAUAUGAAAAGGCUAUUAUAGAAGAAAAGUGGCAAAAAGGAAUGGCAGAAGAAAUUGGUUCUAUUGAAAGGAACCAGACUUAUGAGUUGAUAGAUCUUCCAAAAGGGCAUAAGACAAUUGGUGUUAAGUGGAUCUACAAGACAAAGCUUAACGAAAAUGGAGAGGUUGACAAAUUCAAAGCUCGCUUGGUGGUAAAAGGCUAUAAGCAAGAGUUCAGCAUUGAUUAUCAAGAAGUUUUUGCUCCAGUUGCAAGGAUGGACACCAUCAGAUUGGUGAUUUCAUUAGCAGCGUAUAAUUCAUGGCCAAUAUACUAGCUUCAUGUGAAAUCAACCUUUUUGCAUGGAGAUCUACAAGAACAAGUAUUUAUUGAUCAACCUCCUAUUUAUGUGAACCCGGUUUUGAGCAUAAGGUUUAUAGAUUGAAGAAAGCAUUAUAUGGACUAAAACAAGCACCCAAAGCUUGGUAUAGUCGAAUUGAUGCUUAUUUUUUGAAGGAAGGUUUUCAAAAGUGCUCUUAUGGGCAUACAUUUUAUAUUAAAUUUGGAGAUAGAGGUAAAUUGAUUAUAGUAUGCUUAUAUGUUGAUGAUUUAAUUUAUACUGGGAAUGAUUUUGGCAUGAUGGAAAAGUUCAAGCAGUCCAUGAAGCAUGAAUUUGAUAUGAUAGAUCUAGGUUUGUUGCAUUAUUUUCUUGGUUUGAAAGUAGUAUAGUCAGAUUCUAGAAUAUUUGUUUGUCAAAAAUGUAUGUGUGUGUGUGUGUGUGUGUGUGUGUGUGUGUGUGUGUGUGUGUGUGUGCAUGAAGUUUUGGACAAAUUUCAAAUGACGAACUACAAUUCUAUCACUGCACUAGUUAACAAAGGUGUAAAGCUCAU